AUGUCAAUUUCAAGCGAUAUUGUAAUGUUACAAGAAACAAAACUAUCAGAGGACGAGGCCAACAAAUUUGUUAAAUACUGCUAUGGAUGGGAAGGUGUGGCCACUAAAGAAAUUGGUGCAUUUGGGGGAUUAUGCAUUCUUUGGAAGCCAAACAAAGUUAAGAUUCAGAAAGCAGAGGGAAGCAUCAUCAUACCCAAGAGAGGAUCAGAAGAAUUUUUAAGUGUGAUUGGCCAUUUAGAGCGGCGCACAGAUCUGUAUAAGAGCAUCUCUGAAGAUGAUCUCUCCGUCAUGGAUGGUGGGGAUCGAGUGUUUGCAGAUAUCUCAGCCAUGGCUUCAACCUUAGCUUAUGAAAACAAGCUGGUUAUCAGGAAAAGAGUCAACCAGCACUGGAAGAUGCAUUUUGUGGAGUUCUUCGACUUUUGGGACGAUCACUUGCAGAAGAAAUCUACACAAGCAUUUGUAGUAUGUGACAAGGAAAUUGAUGCCAAAUUAAUAGUGGUAGCCUUUAGAGGAACACAAUUAUUUGAGGCAGAUGAUUACAUAACAGAUUUAGAUUUCUCAUGGUAUGACUUUCCCCAAAUAGGAAAAGUCCAUUUAGGAUUUCUAGAGGCUUUGGGUCUAGCAAACCGUUCAAUUGAUAAGAAAUCCUCACAUCAUCUCGAAACACAAGACAUCAACAAACCUCUAGCCUAUUUUGUUCUAUGCCAAAAGUUAAAGAACCUUUUACAAAUCCACAAAAAUGCAAAAUUCAUUGUGACAAGUCAUAGUUUAGGAGGAGCUUUAGCUUUAUUAUUUUUAGCAAUGCUAUUUGUGAACAAGGAGGAUAAGUUGUUAGAAAAACUAUUGGCUAUUUAUACAUUUGGACAACCUAGAGUUGGUGAUAAAGAAUUUGGAGAUUUCAUGAAUAGUAAACUAAAACAAUCCGAACCCAAAUAUUUUAGAGUUGUAUAUUCCAAUGACCUUAUUCCAAGAUUACCUUUUGAUGAUGGCCUAUUCAUGUAUAAGCACUUUGGAGUAUGUCUUUACUACAACUGCUGUUAUUGUCAAAAGAAUCUUGUGGAAGCCCCCAAUAGAGAUCUCACGUUGGUGUACUUCAUACCCAUAAGAAUAACUGCCAUAUGGGAAUUGUUACAAUCCUUAGUAUUACAUUACAUUAAGGGAGAGAGCUUCAAGGAGACCAAACUUUCUAUUAUCUCCAGAAUAUUUGGAAUUUUGGUUCCAGGGAUUUCAGCACAUAGUCCAGUAAAUUACAUUAAUGCAAUAAGAUUGGGUCCUCCUAGAUUGAAUCCAACUUUGAGUAAUGUAAAAGGAUAA